CAAAACAAUCAUUAUUUGUUUACGUGCGCGUGCGAUUACGAAAAAUUCCGGUUACUCGUUACAAAUUUGUAAUCUUUUCGCGAUUUUGGUUGUAAAACUUCGGUACCAUGUCCGUUCCGAACGAUUCCAUGGAUGACGACGAUCUGCUGGCCAACCUGGACAUGCCAUCACCGUCGAAAAUGAUGGCCAUGGUAAGUGAAACCUCUGAUGCUCCGGGAACUUCAUCAGCGGGUGAAGGAGCCGCCACCGUCGUCGUCCGGUCCGUCAACAAGGGCAACUGCGUUCUGGUGAACCCGAAACAGCGCGGAAACCCUCUGCUCAAAUCCAUCCAAAACAUCCCGUGGGAAUACGACGACAUCGUGCCAGACUAUGUGGUCGGAGCCACGUCCUGCAUUCUGUACAUCUCGAUGCGCUAUCACAAUCUCAAUCCGGAUUACAUCCACGGCCGACUGAAGCAGCUGGGUAAGAUGUACGAGCUGCGGGUGCUGCUGGUACAGGUAGACAUCCAAGAACCGCACAACGCGCUGAAACAUUUGACGCGUAUCUGCUUGUUGGCCGAUUUGACCAUGAUGUUGGCGUGGAACGCCGAGGAAGCCGGCAAGAUAGUCGAGACGUACAAGAUGUUCGAGAACAAGCCGCCGGAUCUGAUCAUGGAACGGCCCGAGCAGAAUCCGUACCAGAAGCUGGUCAGUGCGCUGACCGCAAUCAAACCGAUCAACAAGACUGAUGCCAUGACGUUGAUUCAGCACUCCGGCACGCUGGCCAACAUGAUAGACAGCAGUGAGGAGAAACUGUCGCAAUGUCCGGGACUGGGCCCUCGCAAGGCGAAAAAGUUAUACAAAGUUUUCAACGAAAACUUUAUGAAGUCGUGAUGCAUUAUUUUAUUGAACUUCGUUAGCUUUAAAACAAUUAUUUGAUUAAGGUAUUUUUAAUGGUGUUAAUUAGUAACAGUGGGACUUAAUGUUUUAACGUCUUAAUCAUUCAGUGUGUAACAGUAACAGAAUGACAGUGUAAUGAAAUCUUCUUCUUCGCUAAAUCUACUAUGAUCGGUUUCCGUCUUGAACUCCAACAAUUUUUCCUCUGUGAAUGCUAUGAAUAAAUAACUGAUAACUAUUCAACAA